GUUCACAACAACUUCCGGUUUUCGAGCUGCUGUCGUAGCUAUCAACAGCUGCAGAUGCUUUGUGCUCACCGUCGGCAGUUUCGGGCAGAUUGAUCAGUUGAACCGCUCUGCGGUUUGCUUAAUGGCUGCAGGUCAACCGCGGAGGAUCAGCCAGACAACAGCGGUCACAUGAGAAGGAAAGGAAGGCUGCGAUGGAGAAGAGCCACAUUGCAGCUCUGAAGAUGGUUUGAGAUUCCAGUACAGCUUCGAUUCCUCCCUACUGAGACUCUGAGGGUGUGAUGGUCAUCUAACCCAGUGCUGACCUUCUGACUGUCCAUGUCAUCAGAGCCAAUGGACAGUCACUGCCUGCUGUGUCUCACUGUAACCCUGCUGGCUUUGCUGAAUCCAUGCCUGACCAGGCUGACACCCAGAGUCUCCUUCCCAUUGGGUAGCCCAGGGAGACAUCUCACCUGCUUCAGCAGCCAUGACCUCAGUAACACCACAACCCUGCUUCUCAGUGCGAAUGGAGAAAAGCUGUAUGUAGGAGCUCGUGAUGCUGUGUUAGCGCUGGAUGUUGGUCAUAAAGACACUGUCCUCCUGAGGAGCAAGCUGGACUGGAGCCCUUCAGAAAAAGACCUGGAAGAGUGUUCUAUGAAGGGCAAGAAAAUGGCAGACUGUCCCAAUUUCAUCCGAGUUCUGCAGUUCUUAAACAGCACUCACAUGUACGCCUGUGGAACAUUUGCCUUUAGUCCUCGCUGCACAUAUAUCAACUCAGAGACACUCACAAUGAGCCUCAACACUGAUGAAGGGAGAGGUCGCUGCCCUUAUGACCCCUACCAGCGCAACACUGCUAUCACUGUGGGUGGAGAGCUUUAUACCGGCACUGUGGCAGACUACAGAGGGAACCGACCAGUCAUCUCCCGACACCUCAGUGAGGGCAGCCGGGUGGACCUUAAAUUGGAUGACACAUUAGGAUGGCUGGAGGAUCCAACCUUCAUCAGCUCCAAGUUCAUUCCACAUGAGGAGAAAAUCUACUUUUUCUUCAGUGAAGUGGGCAGAGAGUAUAACUUCAUAGACAAGUUUGUUGUCUCUCGUGUUUCUCAGGUCUGCCUGAGUGACGUCGGAGGUCAGCGCACUCUGCAGAGACGAUGGACCACAUUUGUCAAAGCUCAGCUGUUGUGCCAAGAUGGCAGCGAGCUCCCUUACAAUGUGAUCCAGGAUAUUGACGUGCUUCCACCAGCAGAGGGCGCUUCAAUGGAUGACACACUGUUUUAUGGCAUCUUCACCUCUCAGUGGACUGUGAACUCUGGAAGGUCAGCGGUGUGUUCCUUCACUCUGACUGAGAUCAAAUCCGUUUUCUCCGGGAACUACAAAGUCCUGAACAGAGACACGUUGCAGUGGAGCGCACGAGUCCAAGAGAAGGUGGCAAACCCAGGAGAGUGUGGCCUGCACAAUGCCUCAGAUAACGCUCUGCGCUUUGUUAAAAAAAACUUCCUGGCAGAGGACAGCGUGCGUCCGGCUGGAAGACGCCUGACCUUGGUGUCUCAUGAGCACACCUACAGCCACCUGACAGUUCAGAGAGUCCAGGCUGCCAAUAAAAAGCUCUACACUGUCCUGUUUCUGCUGACAGAGUCUGGUCACUUACACAAAGCAGUGCUGCUCCAACAGGGGCCCUACAUCAUAGAGGAGGUUCAGGUUUUUAAGCUUCCCCAGCCAAUCAGGAGCCUGAAGUUGUCUAUCCCAAAGGGUAUGCUAUAUGUUGGAACAUCAGAGGGGGUGGUGAGGAUUCCAACUGCUAACUGCUCCUACUACUGGACCUGUGCCCAGUGUGUUCUUUCCCGGGAUCCUUUCUGUGGUUGGGAUGCAGCCAGCAGGGCCUGUGUGGAGGUCUCUGUCACCCAGACCAUGCUAAGCCAGGACACAGAUGGAGGAAAUGUUGAAGAAGCCUGUAACAGUGUUUCAUUAACACAGAGAACCAAAUUUGGACCAAGUAAGAUGCCCACAGCCUCGUGUCCUGCAGGUGAGCUGGUCUCCGUGUCUCUGAACAACGUGGUGCGGCUGCACUGUCCUGCAGCAUCACAGCUGUCCCACCAGCUGUGGGAGCGUCCAAACAGCCGCCUGUCCUCAGACCUCUACCUCCACCUGCAGGAUGGGAGCCUCAGCUUUGUGGCCACCCCAGCCACCCUGGGCCACUACCUGUGUUUGUCCACAGAGAACGGCUACCGACAGACCAUGGCCAUUUAUCACGUCAAGCAGAAGAGCAGUCCCAUGGCUCAGUCUCCAAGCAGCUACACCAGGAGCCACACGCGAGCCCAGCCCACCAGGGAGGGGCCUAAAGAGACAGAAUCCAGACCAGCAGAGACAAAACCCUCACUGUCCAUCGGGAACACUCCAGUCACCACCAGGCAGCUUGAUAGAAAUGUAACUUUGCAGAUGAAAGAAUUUGAAGAUCUGGAAACAAAAUUCCGUAAUGGGAAUCCGCUGCUGUCAGCUCGCUGCCCCAGCUACCUGAAGGAGCUGAUGGUGGUGUCCGUUCUGCUGGUGCUGUGCCUCAGUCUGCUCAUCACAGUCAUUUUGUAUGUUCUCAGACAGCAGUGGCGGAGACAGACUGCACCUGGAAUGGGAACUCCAAGCAGGAGCUGCGACCGGAGGACCAGUGAGGAGCAGGAGGUCUUGAGGGAGAAUGAGUUUGGGAGCAAAGCCAAUGGUCAAGCGCCCUCUGGUGGACAUGCCAGUGGCUUGGUUUGUAAUGGGAACCUUACAGACUCUACCCAGAAUUUGCCAAACACUCCCUUCUGAGCAGCAGCCAAAGAGCCUUUUGAGCUGGUACAGAGAAGAGCACCAUGGAGGGAAAACGUUCCAGUUGCAGGGUUCAUUUGGUGAGCGCUGUUCCUGUGCAGGGCUCACCAAAUGAACACUCUGCGAAUUUAGACUUCCUAAGUUUUUUGUAGCCUGAGUGAGCACAAGUGGGGCAGCCACUUGUGCUUUUUAAAGGGAACACGACCUUUUCCAAUACAAAUGAAUGGUAGUUGGAUCCUAGCAAACAAAGUAGAGCUUAGUCUUUAAACCACAUCUGAGAUCUGACUUUUAGCUCAAGUCUCAUGAAACGUAUAAAACUGUUUUAUGAACUGUUAGCAGUUCAACUGUGGGUCAGUAGCCAAAACCCACCUGUCCAGUUAGAAUGCUUCUGAGGUAACAGGGAUGUGAUGAUAGAGGGAGCUGUUGGGAUCAAACAGUGUUCUGCACCUCACUGAUGUGCCUUGGAUGCAUUUUUAAAGAUGUUCUGGUGGAGUUCUUCUUAACACUUUAUCUGAUUUUCUUUUCAUCACAUUCUAGACUUUUUUAAAAUCUCAUUUAUAUUCCUAAACUCCUGUUUUGAUGACACUGUGCUGUCAUUCCACAUGUUUACCUGCUCAUCAAUAAACCAGCUGAUCUGUCAAAGGAUUGUUUUUGAACUGUCCCAGUGGAUCCUGUAUAGUUUUAUCUGUAGAAGAAGAAAGAAUCAUAUAAUAGAAUAUGUGUAGGAGGAACAUUCUUCUAAUCUGUCCUUUAUCAAUAUUCCAAUAAUUUAUUCUUUGUGCUUCAUUUAUAUUGCAAAACGAACUAAGAAAAACUUAAACCAACACUGAGUCAUACGUAGAAAUAUCCAUUUAUUGCCUAGAGUUCAGUUGAGUUGUUGAUCUCAUGUGACACGUGGUGCGUCACCAAACUGUUCCUGCAGUUCAUUGUAAGACUCAGGAAGAGACGUCAAUAUGGAUGCACACAGCUGAGGAUUAGUCACUCUCAACAUUAUCAGAACAGUCGCUUUUACCAGUUGUACCACCUUGUACAAUACUUAGCGACAGUUCUUACUAAACUAGCAAAUUAAAUGAACAUACUAGAAUGCUCUUUGACUAAUAACAACUGUCAAUUCAUUUCAAAAAUACUUUAAUAAUCUCAGAGGGAAAAUAAAUGCAGCAUCUUGGUGCAGUCACUGGAGGAAGUAAAAGGCCCAGCAUGGUUGGGCUGGAGUCAAACUGCCGGCGUGUGCUCAGAGGGUUUUGUUAUGUUUGUUUUUGUACAGACCCUUCGAAGUCCACAGUGAACCCUCCGCCUGCAGAGGAUGUCAUGGUGAUUUGGCAUAUGUGUAAUUCACAAGCGUACAAUAAACACAGGGAGUCUGGGUGGAACAACUGCUGCAAAUUUACAACUCCAGGAGAGGAGGAAAAAUAGUUGAUCAAUUAGUCAAUAAUAUAAGACGCAAAAGACACGUGAUCAGUGUCAAUAGGUAAUACAUCUGAUAAAAUAUUCAUCAUAUAGAAUAUCCACUGAAUUCUCGUCCAGAACUGCACCACAUUCUGGAGGAUUUAGGCAUAUCCAGUGAAUCAAGGUUGGUGGGAUCAACUGACUUACUCACUCUUUGGUUACUUGGCAACAAUUUGGUAAGAAAGUUGCACAGCAGCAGUUUCAGGUUUUGCACUCAGAACUGCUUAGAAAUAAAUAAAUAAAAACAUUGUGGAAUGAAAACUGUAUUAAAGAGUUAAAGUCACUAUUUAAUGCACCAGUUUGGCAGUAUUUCAGAUAUUUAAAACAGAAACUAAUCAAUAAUUACCGAUAUAUACUGAUAUGAAACACUUGCAUUGUGAAGUUUUUCAGCUAUAUAUCUGGAAAAUAGGCUGCUACUUUUUCCACACACUUUGAACACUGCAAUGUGACUAACUUAUACAUUUUUACCAUUGAGUUUCAUGCUCUUGCUGCAUGAUGCAAGAGUGAAUUUGUGUCAAGACAAAAGUGACACUAAGAGCAACAAAGAGAGACAGAGGAAGUGAAUGUUGGACUGUUAAACAAUUCCAACAGUGAGGCAAAAUGGUUUUGGUGCGCAGGAUUAAGAUCAAGAUAGUGAUAAUGAUUUUCCUGAUAGGCUACAGAAUUUUAUUAUGUUUUUAUUAAGCAGCCAUAUUCCGGGCAUUGUUUGGAAGAGAUAUUUAUGGUAUGUAUUUGUGUAUGUAACCAGUACAUUUUUAUUUUAAAAGUUAAAACAGAAAUCUUUCUGUAUAAGUAACCAUAACAAUGUGGACACCUGCUAACUAUAUAUGAAAUCCUGUUCUCUUUUCAGUUAUUGGGUCCAGCUGACAUUCAGGUGGGCUCAGUUGUCCAGAGAUAACAGAACUUUCUCUCCUUAUAUCUGCAUAUAUCUUAUAUCAUUAUAUCUUAAUGCUGCAUGACUUGGGAGUUCACUCUGCAAAGACUCAUUUUUUUUUAAGCAGUACAUUUAACAUAUUUCAUAAACUAUUUUGUUAAAAUCUUGUUUUGGAAAUUCAUAAGAUUUAUCUUAUGAAUUAUGCUUUUACAAAAGCUGAAAAGAAAAUACACCUCUCACUAUUUACUUUAAUAGACCUUGGUUAUUUGUAUUACAGGAUUCAUACCAAUGCUUGAAAUCCUUGAAAAUGAUUGAAUUUCAGUUAGGUGUUUUCAAUGUUUGAUCAGAGCUUGAUUCUUUAAAUGGCUCAAAAGAAUGGUAAAUGCAAAUCAUUUACCAUUCUUUGCUUAUUUGUUGAAAUGUCCUCCAUUACCUACAUUAAUUAGAUUUUUGUUGCUGUGUUCACUCCUGAACUAUUUCACAUUUUCACUUUAAUUCUGUCCUGCUACCUAUUACUAAUCUAGCAAAUACAGUUGUUCCACCAACAGUUUCUAAUUACACCGUGCUAAAAAAAAUUGGUUAAACCUAAUGUCCACUGUGAUAGUGGAAAUGCAGUACACAAAUAGCUUAUCCACUUUUGGAUGUUCACAAUAAUCCUUUCUGAUGUCAGGGCAAUUACCUCAUUUUUCUGAACAGGAACCACUGCCUGUAGUUCAUUGUGGGUUUUGUGGCCCUGAAAGUCCACAUUCUAAAAUCACCGCCAAUAAAAACACCUUUAAACAAAUUAGGACACUCUUCAGACAACAUUGAGUCAUACCAAAAAAUCUUCACCUGAUAUCCACAUAAUUCACAGUUCAGUUCACAGUGACACCAGGUGUCACAUGUUUAUAUCAUGUGACACCUGGUGCGUCACCAAGCUGUUCAUACAAUUCACUGUAAGGCACAGGAAGAGAACCAAACAAAGAGGUUAUGACGAACAGUUGAGAAUUAGUCAUACUCUGAAUAUUAUCAGCUGAUAUUUACUAAACAGCCACAAAAUGCUGUUGAUCUUAUGGGUUAUUUGAUUCCUUUGGUCGGGUUUUUCUCUUUCGUUUCCUCAAAGAUUAUAGGGAAAAAAAGCUUUUUAGUCUUAAUUGUAAAUUUGUAAGUUCAAUUUUGUGACUUCACUGUACAAUUAUUACAAAACAGGAAUUCAACAAGCAAUUUAUAUUGUAUGUUUGGUAGUAACUAGUUACAUUUGCUCAAUUACAUUUAUUUAAGUAACGUUUUGGGGAAAAAAAUUAUAUAUACAUACAGUACAGACCAAAAGUUUGGACACACCUUGUAAUUGAAUUCAAUUACAAGGUGUGUCCAAAUUGAAUUCUUGUUACUGACUUGUUACUGACAGCUUCAAUGUGAACAUGUGGUAGAGUUUGGUUUUGGUAGUAUUUGUAUUUUGCAUUCACUGUAUUUUAGUGGUGGAUUCCAGACCAGUCUCACUCCAAGGCCAUGAUGAAUCUGAGAUUUUGUUUAUUUUUAUGAAUGGAGUAGAUUUGUUGAAGAAGUGGUAAAAUUGGUGGGUGCUGCUUUACUGUAAGUCUGUAUUUAACUGUUCUGAUGUUACAGAGUCUAGAUGUGAACUUCACACAUCUAGACUCUGUCGGGACUUGACACACCUUCAAUUACAAGGUGUGUCCAUACUUUUGGUCUGUACUGUAUAUUAUUUUUUAGGAGUAUUUUAACUGUGCUGUACUUUACAUUUUUGUUGUUCUGAAGUACUUUAGUAAAAUUUCUGGACUCUCCACCCACUGGAUGAAAAAACAAGAAAUUUAUCAACGACACAUACCAGCAGUUUUUGUUAAAGUUUCAUAUCUUUUACUUUGAAAGAAACUGAUUUGGAAAAAUUUUC